UGAUAUUGGGCUGGAAUCGGUCACGACCCGCCCCAUUGUUGUGAACUGCAAUUAAUUGAGCUGGAGAAAUCAAGAAAAACGGAGAAAGCCAGAAGCAGAGUUGUUGCAUCGCUUGUUAUUAGAGGAGUAGUAGAAGAUUCAGUAUCCUCAAUAGCAUCUACUGUCUCAAGUUCGUAAAGGAAGAGGAUUGCUUUGGCCACUUAGGAACUGAAGCAGUUUUAGAAGGUUUGAAAUGAAAUUCUGGGAUUGGUAUCUGAAAAUUGCUGUUGUUUCCGCCAUGAUUGGAGGUUCCAUGGAGUUUUUCAUGAUCAAAACUGGCUUUUAUGAUAAGGUGACUGUUCUAGAGGCAGAAAAGAGAGCCUGGGAAAAUUCUCCUGAAGCCAAGGCUGUCAGAGAUGCUCUCAAUCCAUGGAGACAUCAGGACGCAGAAGCAACAAAAGAUUCUUAGCUCUGUCGCUUCUGUUUAGAGAAUUAUAAGCAACUGAGGAAUUGGCUUUGAAGGAACAUGGCCUGCUUUUUCGAGCUUGGUCCUAUUCAUAUCUCUUAUGGAAUGGUUGAAGAGUGUGUCAUAACUGAUUGUUUCACCAGCUUGUUUGUUACUUCACUUGGCAUGUGAUGAAAAAAUUCUAUGAAGUGAAUUUGGGCAUAUAUCAAAAUGUAAUACUUGUGGAACCCUACUUCUUGUUUUUCUUCUCUCUAUAGACAUUUAAUACUUUGGUUUCUUGGAUCUGUAUGUGUAAAUGAAGCAAUCAGUUGCACCUCUGGGAAAAGUAGACUAGAUACCCAUUUGACAAUACACAUUUAUUCCACAAAUGGUUUUUUGUUUC